AUGGAUUGCACCCCCAAGUCAGAAGCUGGCGCGCUCGACGGGACGCCGGGAAUCGGAACAGAGACAGGAGACGCGGAAGAAACCAAGGCACCGAACGGCGUGAGCGGUAGAAGCGAACGAGAGAUAGCGGACAGGAGUCAGGGUAGAGCAGAUGACAGUCGGGUUGCUGCGGGAAUAGCCACAGAAGAGGACAGGCAGGACCGAGACAGGGGUUUGGGUGGCGACCUUCGACGCGCGCGAAGGUUCCAGGAGGACACACGAGGCGCGUCGACAGAGACGGUGGACCAUGAGGUGGAGAAAAGCUCUAUCGACGGAAAUGAUGCGAAAAGGGAGUGUGUCAAUCAUGAAGACAGACGAGAAGCUGCAGAGGGGGUCACGGGCGGCCAACAAGGACGGGAACUCGACGGCGAUUCUCGGGACGAGCAAGCACAUCACCGCGUCCAGAGAAGGACUGUAGACGAGACAGCGUCUCGAGGAAGCGCACUGUGGGAGUUGCCGGAGCUUUCCAGCCCGAGUCGGAGACCGCAGAGGCAAUCGUGCGUGACCCUUCCAGGCGCUGCUCUUCAGCUGGAGCCACAGUUGGAGAACCACGGGCCGCCAGAGGGCGAAGGCAGGCGCUGUCCUCGGACCCGAGAGGAGCAUCCGGUGGAAAGGUUGCAAGGAGAUAGAGUCCCAGAUGUGACGCGCUCUGGAUUGCCGUGCGAAGAGGGCGCUUGUUCGACGCUCCCUUGCCGUGCAUCUCCGCUCGCCUAUGUACCUCACCCUGUUUCUGAGCCCCCGUCGCCAACAGCUCGUCUUUCUGCUGCCUAUCAUUCGCCGCCCGUUGCUUCCGUUGCCGUUUCGACUCUGCCUCCUCUCGCUUGCCUUAAAUCAGCGCCUUCCUCAGCUUCCUCCGGCGCUCCGUCUGUGGCGUCUCCACCCUGUAGUAAACCCUGCUCCUCUGUCUCGUCGCAAUGUAGCCGCGCUUCCGCCCGAUGCUCGCCCCGCACCUCUCCCUCGGCUCCUUCGAGGUCGUCGUCUGCUGAUUCUACCACAUCUGAGUUCUCGCUCUCGGAUGCUUCUCUGCGGGGCAGUGCUGGUCAUCCCUGGCGUCGGGCGUCGGAGAGGCACAUGCGUUCUUCCCACUGGCGCGAUCCGAGCGAAAGCCUUCCCGAGGUGAAUCGCGCCCUGUGUCCGUUUUUGGCCGAGAACGAAGGCUCGCGGGUCACGACUGUCCUUCUCAACUGUCUCUCGCUGUCGCAGUUCGAGCUCGCGCGGGCGAUCCUGCACCAGCUGGUGGUCUCCAACCCGCGGCACGCCAUCGCGCUCACGGCGUCGUUGGUGCUUCACGGGCCGCCGCCGUCUUGGCUGUGCUCGCCGAGCGUUCCCAGCAGCGCGCACCUCGCCUGGCUCUGCGCCCACGAGCUCGUCGCCAUUUGCGAGCGUUUGCGGCGCAUGCCGGCCCCCCCAGGGGCCGCGCCUCUCGCCGGCGCAGGGGCGGUGGAGCCGGACACAGCAGGCACGACCGGCGCGCUGAACCCCCCGGUCACGGAGUCUCGCCAGCAGGCGCCACGUAGCGCCCGACCUGCUCGCCUCUUCGGGGCGCUCUCUCGGGGCGCUGUGGGGAAGGCUGGACCCGGCCCGACGACCGCUUCACCGCGACGGGCGUUGGGCACUUCGUUCGCCUCUGGGGGCGCUCUGUGCCAAACAGCGGAUCCUUGGCGCGGUCGGCGUGGCCGCCGUCCGCCGAGCUUCCCCAUCUCUCUUCUCUCUAUUUUCCCAGUAUGGUUGGUGCGCAGACUCCACUUUGACCUCCUGCUCGUUCAGGCCCUGUUGGAAAGCGCUGCCCACGCCAUGCAGAUUGUCUCCGUCGAGGUGGCGACGGAGCUGCGCAUGCUGCAUGCAGUUCUUCUCGGCGUCCCCCUCGAUGCCGACGAGGACCCGCGAAGUCAGGAGACGGAGGCCUUCCACGCCCACGAGGGGGUUCAAGCGCGCGCGCAGAAGAGUUCCCCCCGGGACUCGAGGCGUGGACCGCGAGGAGGGGCGCCGGCCUAUCCGGUCCACCGGGAGCGAGAGGCUGCGGGGCGGAGAGAAGGGGAGAAAGGAGAGUCGAAAACCCCCGCUUCGGCGACCUUCUCACCGCGUGACGCCCAAGAGCCUGACAGUCCCGAACAGGCCGCAGGCGGUCCGCGGGCCCUUGGCGCGCAGGCAGGCGCCUCUGUCUCUCGCGGGGCUUCGCCUGCUGCGCCGCCCUCCUGCCCUGUUCCGCCCUCUAGGCGGCCGUUUUCGUGCGAGUGUCCCGAAAUUGUGCACUUGCCUGCGCUGUUGCUUUUGCCGCUUCCGCGGCUUUUGCCGGCUUCGCUGUCACGCCUUCCCGCCUGCGUCGUCUCGCGCAAAAGUCGCCUCGCCAGCUACGCACAGGGCGUCCCACUUCUCUCGCUCGAGUCCGUGAGGCAGCUCGCGGCUCUCCUCAGAUCGCACCCGACGUCUGCCAUGGCGCUGUUUGCGGCGAUCGGGUACGCGCCUGCCGCAGGGUGGGGCAUGGAGGUAAAGACAGUUCUUCCGUCUCAAGGACAGACAGACAGCUCAGACAGCUCAGACAGCUCAGACAGAGGGAAAGCCCUCGCGUUUGCCGGCGGGCCACAGCUUCUGGGGUCUCGCAGCUCUGACGCGUUGCACCCUGCAGACGCGAGCACCCCCGUGGCCUCUCAACAUCCGUUUGGUGAACCGCGCCCCCAGCGAACAACUGCCUCGACUUCGCGCUGGACCUCCGAGACGAGGCUGGAUAGGAAGGAAAACGAGUCAUUGCGGCUUUUUGCUCAUCAUACCAGGCUGGCCGUGGCGAGUGUACGGUGGGAGGAGCGACGAAGGACGGGGGAAGAGCGUUUUCGUGUAGACUUGGACCUCGUCCAGCGCCUGCUGCGCGACCGCACGCCGUCGCUGGUUUAUCAAGUUCCCGUCCUCCUCAAACCCCUGUAUAAUCCGAGCUCUCUGUUCCGCAACUUCACCAAUGUCCGUCUCUGGGCCCAGGACGCUUGCCCGUCGCUCGCCUUCGACCUCGGGGCCUGGCCCGAGGCGAGCAGCGGUCACGCAUGUCGUCUCCAUUCUCGCCCCUCCCGUGGGGCGCUGUGUGGAAGUGAGGAGACAAGUGAAGAGGAGACGUGGGUGAUGGCCGAUACACCGGCUCGUCAACUUCUGUCCUCUUCACCGAAGGCCAGAGGGGCCAAUGGACUUCCGGAGGCUAGUGCGGAAGAAGUGAGAAACCUUGAUAGAAAUGCGGGGCCUCUGCCCUCUCUCGGGGCCCAGGGAAACUUCAGGUUCUUCCUGGAUUUUGGGAGCGCGCCUCCGCACGGGAUGGAAGCCGACCGUUUCUUGUCUCCAGCGUCUGCGAAACCCCAGACAGCUGAACUCCUCACAGCCGAAGUCCGUCUUCAGGUGAUCAGGAGACUGCAUGCAGUGCACGUGGGUGUCGCCUCGGAGGCUCUGCUGCGUUGGCCGAGAAGGCGGGGGUGGGGAAGAGCUGCUUUCGGCGUUUGUUCGUCUCUUCCUUCGAUCUCUAGCUCCCACGCUUGGCAGCCCAGCCGGGGAAUUGCCGUCUUCACGGCGGACCCAUACUCCCACCUGAGAGCGCUUGACUUCGCGUCAGGCCUUCUGCCCCUUCUCUGCUCGCUGGUGGGGCCGCACUUGCAGCGGAGGUACGCGCUCGCCCUCGCGCGGGCCUUGCUCGCCGUGCGUGAGGAGGCGGGGGGGUAUGGGGAGAAAGCUAGAGAGAAGGAGGCGGCGCCGUCCGGCACUGAGGAAGGACGUGAAGGCGUAUGGAAGUCUGGCUUCUUCGACGCUGCCACCGGAAGGACGGAGCCGCGCCCGUUUGUCAUGCAAACUGGCGAGGUGACAUGCGCCGCAUCGAGGUCUGUGAGAUACCUCGGGCACUCCACUGAGGUAACAUGGCUACGAGAAGAAAACCUGAUGCAUGCAGAGGCAGCGCCCCGUAAUCCAUGUGAAGACGGGUCCAACAUUGUCGAAGUGCUCGAUCUUCUGGGGCCCGUCCGCAACGAACUGCUUCGACAGGGUCUCCGUUCCCUGUUUCUCCUCAUCAGCCUCUUUGUUGCCCUACACGACGACACUGACAACGCCCCUCUUCUGCUCCCUCACCUCCGGCUCGUUCUCGCCCACCUGGCCGCGCUUCCGACCGCGUCCCCUGUCCACCUGGUUGGCCCGCCGCAGGGCGCAGAAUCAGGGGAGUUCGCACGCGUUGCCAGCGCCGAAUGCACGCAACCUGUCUCUUCCACCUUGCCUUGCGCCUCGCCAUCGCCGUGCCCUUCUGCGCCGGGAUCAGCAGUCCCUCCUUCUUCGGCUCCUGCUCCUCCGGCUGCUUCGUGCCGAGGAGUGGGGCCGGCGUCUCUUCGCGAGAGGCCGCACACGGCGGGGGCUCAGGGCGCCGACCAGACUGCAUCUGCCUCGCCCGGCGAGGGCGCGACCUCCUCGUUUCCGUCUUCUCUGCACCCUUUGUCGUCUCCAUCGUUGGCCCGUUUCUCCUCUCCGGACGGUGAGGACGCGUUAGAGAGUAGGCGCGCCUUCGUCGAAGGGGGGAUGCUGCACAAGUGCGUGUGGCUGAACCUGGAGGAGGCGCGAGGAUGCCUGGAGGAGGUUUUCGACGCAGCGAUGGUUCCGCUGCUGCGCGCAGCAGACGAAGAAAGACGCCUGCGAGAGCUUUGUUCCGUCUCGUCGCUGUCGCCACGCGCCUCGACGCCCCCCGCCUCGGUGUCCGCCCUUCUGUCCGACGCGACUGCCAGCGUCGUAGCGUCCCCUCGCCAGGCGGGCGAGUCUGCGCAUGCAGUUCAGUGCCGCGGCGGCGACGAAGGCCACUCGCCUGCGCAUUUUGUCUCCGCGGAUCUGCGGUUCAGCGCCCGACCCCGCCAGAGCCAGCUGUACCUCUCCUGCUCCGUCCUCGAACCCGGAAACGACGGCCGAAUGGUCUCCGCAGCCGUGGCCCCGAGCGCCCACGCCGCCAGGAGGUUCGCGGGACCUCGGCGAGGCACGCCCCCCGCAGGCGACGAGGCGAGCAGACAGGACUCCCUCCACGUACCGGGGCUCGGUGAAGGCAGGAUUGGCCACGGCGCGCGGACGGCGGCCCUCCAGAGCGAGGACGCCAAGGCAGUUGGUGCGGCGCCGCGACACCAGAAGCCCGCGUCGGCGACCGCAUCCCGUUUCUUCUCCAAGUUCUUGACUCAGCUCACUUCGUCCAGUGCAGGCCUCGCGCGCGAGACCGAGCCGGCGCCGCUGGCUCUUCGCGCAGAGGCGCAGAGCGGCAUGGCCGGCGAGGGCCGCAGCCCAGACGGGGAAGAAGGAGAAGCGUGCGUCCGGCGCUACGGCUUUCCGCUAGGCAGGUCGGGAGGACGCGCCGCUGAGAGCGGUCGGGCGUGCCGAAGCUUCUCCGGUUCGAGUGUCGCCUCGGGGCACGCCUCGAGUCCGGCCGUUCGUCUUUUUCGACAGGAGAAAGUGCACCUGCGUGCGUCGCUGCGGGCGCGGGCCUAUCGCCUGGCUCUUCCGCGAGGCGCACACGCCAGCGGAGAUUUUCAGGCGAUGGCGCGAGGCGGCGCCGUCGAGGCCUGGAGAUCCGGCGAGGCCGACGAAGAGCACAAAAGACAAGGAGCCGAGGAGUUCCAGGGCGGCGCGGCAGAAAGGGGCGGACGCGCAGCCGAGGAAGAGGAGCACGGAGGUACCCAAGUGGGAUGUGGAUUGCAUGCCGGAGAAGGAAGAGGGAGAGAGGCGACUGAUCUGGAGACGGGCUACGGAGAAAAGUUUUCUUUUCUUCCUGUUCAACGGCCUCUGCCUGGAGCACUUGCCUCGAGUGGCACGCACGUGGGGGAGCUCAGCCGGCCAGAAUCGCGGAACGGGCGAUCUCACAGGGGACGCGAAAGCGAAGACGAGGAGGGUGAACAGAGGCAGAGAGGGCGAGCGCGCGAACCAGGGAAGGACCGCGGCAACCAGCCAGGCGACCGACGCCAGACGAGGAAGACCAUUUGGAACGACCGGGCACUCGGCAUCCACGGCCAGUGCCCCUCGAGCGGCGUUCUCUCGCGCCUGCCGAUCUACGAGGCGCUUUUGUCGCACGUCCCGCUGAUGCAUCCGCAGCCGCUCGUCUCGCCUCCGCGUCCGUCGCUCGACCACGCUCGCCAGUUUUUCCCGGGCCUCUUGUCAUCGAGUCAACACUCUCCAUCCUCGUUCGAAGAGGCUCUUCCGUCUUCCGUCUCGCAUCGCUCUCUCGGAGAAAGUCUGCUGACCCUUCAGCUGUAUGGCCACUUGGACGAUCACUGGGUACGACUGAAGACGACGCACUUGGCGUUGCCUCCAGCAUUCGAUCUGGUUGGUGCUCCUGGACCACUUCCGGCUUCGGGUUUGUCUUCCUCCUUGUCUUACAUUGGCCCUUCCGCGUAUCAUGCUUCGCCUCUGUUCCGGGAAGCCCGCAAGGCAUAUUUCCGACGGUGGCGGCAUGCAAACAGCCUGCCGACUUCACAGCCUGAACAUUCGCCCUCCCGGCCUUCCUCGCACGCGGCCUUCGCCACGUGCGACGCUUCCUCGCAUGCCACACCGCAAGGCGCUCCGGGAGCGAAAGCUGCUCCGCCCUCGGAUUGCGUCUCUGCAGACGCACUGGCCGCACAGCGUGAGAGUCCGAGAGCUCGAGGAGACGGCGUGGCGCGUCGCUCCUCUGCACUGCCUUUCGGAAACAGCGGGAAGGGAGCCCGGGGAACCGCAGACGCAGGAGCCACAGGGAGCGAAGACAGGCCGCAGCUUGGAGACAGUGGAUGGGAAGGAAAGUUGUCUUUCGAUCUUGAACAGGCUUCAGCUGUCGCUGCGGAAGACGAGAUGGACUUCUCUAGAAUCUCAGGUGUCGCCCUCCCGGCCUUCUGGGAUAGCUACUACGCCUCGUUGCGCGUCACGCGCCAACACUGUGUCGAGUUCCCCCUCCGGAAGGCCAUCGAGUUCGUUCUCGAUCGGGAAUUCGCGCUCGCCUCCCGGCUCCUCACGCCCUUUCCGCAAAUCCGACCCCUCGUGGUGCUUCUCGCCUGGGGCGCCUUUGCAGGGCGCAUGCGUCUUCGGCAGCGGCUGCUCGACAGCGUCUGGCGCGGCGAAGAAGGCGAGACGGACCGCCUCGCUGCCUUCGCCUCCGCAGAAGACGAUUUUUUCCUCAACGACGACGGCGAAGCGGCCAACCGCCCAGAGAGACCCGCCGCUGGCGCUGACCCGGGCUGCCGCAACGCUCGCUGGACACGUGGACUCUCGAGGCGAGCAGAAGAAGAUGAAGAAGAGGAAGAAGAGGAAGAAGAGGAAGAAGAUGGAGAAGAAGAGGAAGACGGGGAUGAGGAUCUUCCGACGGUGAGGCCGCGGUGGAGAACGACCGACGGCGAUGUGAGAGUUCGCGAGCAUUUACAGGUCCUCGACUAUAAGAUGGCGGCUAGCUGGUGGCUCACGCAGGUACUUCUUGCCUACGAUCUCCCGCCCUCAGCGUCCUCGGCUGCUGCCGCGCCUGAGAGUGAUCAUCCGUCGCUCGCCGCGGUCCCGGCGAAGAGUUGGACGCUGAAGGGCGAGCGCACCGACGCUGCAGUCGAGGCAGCAGAGGCUUCUCUUCGCGCUGGGUCGUUGCCGCGAGAACAGGAACGCGGGGAGGGACGCAGACGGGAGGAAGCGACACGGAGACAGGGGCCCUCUGAGGAGGCCUGCAACGCCAGCGGGAGCGGCGACAAGGGCGAAACUGCGAAUCGGGGGGCCGAAGCAGACGCGGACGUGGACGGAGCGCAGAGGAGGAGGACAGAGUCUGGGCAGCCAGCUCGGCCUGCGACAGCCAAAGAGAGCGAGGCGGGCAUCACAGCGUGGAACGAGGCGGAGACGGAUGUGAGGCGCAGGGCCGGGACAACGCGGCCCCUCGAAGGAGACGAUCCAACGGCGGGGCACCGGAGAGAAGACCAUCGAGUGGUUCCCUUCAUUGCCGAAGCGGCUCAACUCUUUGAACUCCAAGAAGAUAAACCCGCUUGGCUAGCUGCAGAAGUUUUUGACGAGCUUCAGAGACACUCGAUUCUCUACGUGCUCCGAGCGCGGCGCUGCCUCCCGCUGAUUUCCCCCGAGACCUUCUUUUCCGGGCUGCGCGUCCUGCCGCCUACGGAGAGGCAAGCCACGACGCUGGAACGGACACACGAUGUGGACGUCGCCUAUCUGUAUUUUGCUCUCCGCGAGGCGAUUCAUCUGAUCGAGGCCUGCGCGGAUGGUCCAGCAUUUCUCUCUUCGUCACCAGCGCCUCCGUCUCCCCUUGGCCUCAGCUUGCCGAAUCCCCCGGCGCCUCGCCAGGCUCCCGCGGCGUCCUGCCCAUCGCGGUCUCUUCUCGACUCUCGACGAAGGCCCGCGCAUGCAGACAAACGGGGACUGCAGAGGAGCGACGGGAAAGCACUUGUCGGCCACAACCGGCUCAGAGCGCAGUCACGCAAACAGAGCGGCGAAGCUCGCGGUACCGGUGAGGGGCUGUCUGCGCCGCCCAGUCCCGCCAGCGCCACCGCCGGAGGCGCCGACUCUGGAAAGGAGAGGAAUGUGGGCGAGAAGAAACUUUUGCUCAGCUCUCGCAGGGAAGGCGAAGGAAAACAGGGACAUGAAGACAGCGCGAGUGACGCCUCCACGCGGAGCCCCAGCGCGCCGACCGCCGAGGGGAUCGCUGCGCCGGGCGACCCCGGGACUGCGGCGAGGCGCCGGCGGUGGGGCACGCGCCGGAGACAGGAGACAGGUCUCCGCAGGCGGCCCGUGGAGCCCCGAAGAGGCCCCUCGGGGCGCUGGGUGUGGGAGAAUCUCGGGCGCUGGGGCGAAGCACUAGAGACGGGCGACGCGCUCGUCUGCUCACUGGGAAGGCCCCAGACGAGAGGUACGAGACGCCCAGAGACGCUGCUUCUUCUCGGGGAUCACGAGGCACCAGACGCGGCGCUGUUCUCGGCGUCGUCGGAAGGCGGCAAAGCCCCAGCAGGCCCCAGGGGCCUCCCGUCUCUCCCCUUGCCUUGCGCGACCUCCCCAGGCACUGCUGGAUCGGGCGGGGCCGCACCCUUGAGCACGAAGGCCAGCGGCGUUGUGGUCGGGUCUCACGCCGAGGGGCUGAAGAUGCCAGACCGAGGCGCCGCACAGAGCCUUCUGGCCUCGAGCGCCCAGCCUCGCAGUCUGCUCCAGUUUGCCCAGCAGCGGCUCGAGGCCACGCUCUCUCGUAUCAGCGACUUGAUUGGAUGCGUCCGGCGGAUCUCCUAUCGUGUGGUCCUUCUCCUGCAUCUCUGCAGUUUGUGUUUCACUGCAGCCUCGCGCGUCGAGUUCUCAGACAAAGUCGAGGGACGUGAAGGCGCCUCAGCGAGGCGGGGGCGCGCUGAGGGACCGCAAAGACACUUCGUGGUCCCGCCCAAUGUCCUCCUGUCUCUGGUGAUGCUCAUCAGGGCCCACCUGGAGCGGGUGAAUCGAGAAAUCGCUGAGCGCCAAGGAGACACCGUUCGGUUCGAGCGAGAGGCGUCGAGCGCGGAUGGGUACCAGACCCCAGGACGGCGGUUGAACGGGAGCCGCCGCCGGCAGAAACACAGAAACGGGGUUCUGCUCUUCAUUCGCGCUAUCGAUCUGUUCACGCAAGAGUUGCUGUGGAGAGGCCAGCUGUGCCUGAAGCAGUUUUUCGAUGGGGCUGCGCUCUGCUCCGUUCCGCUGACUGACUUGGUGGUGAUGCCUGGGGACGCUCAGAAGGGCGAAGACCCCAACGCACGGCGCGCGCGCGGAUCGACUGGCGCGACGCCCCUCACCGCGUCGCCGUUCCCCGUCUUUCUUCUCGACUGCGGCGCGUCUGCUCCCUCGCGAGUUUCCCUCACAGACUCGCGAGCCGGGCGGCGAAGAGGAAACAGGCGCGCGUGGCCUCGGCAGCGCAAGGUCGGCAGCGACGAGGCGGUCUCAGACGCCUCUCCCUCGUGUGAGCCUUUUUCCCCGCGACGCUCAGCCUUCCGCGACGCGAAGGAAAGCAGCCGCGAAGGAAGCAGCGGCCCUCUCUCGUCGGUCGUUUUCUCUCUGGAGUGGCUUCGCUGGUGUCGCUACAUCGGCGCAGUCGUGACGCUCCCGUCCUCUGCUCUCCCGGACGCUCGCGAGGCGAGGGCAUCGCGCGCCGCAUCCGCUUCGCGAUCCGCCGUGCCGGCGUCGCCCUCUGGCUGCGAGUUUGGCGAGGAGUGGGUCUGCGUGAGCAGCGGAGAGGAAGAGGCGCGGGGAACGCGCGGGAGCACGCGCAGGGAACACCGCGCAGAUGCGGCAGAGAGAUCGCAGCACUACGGCCGAGGACGGGCACGAGAAGGCCUGCAGUCGCGAGGACGACACGUGGCAAGGCGAGCGAGACGCUCGACACCUGACGCGUCCCCCCCUGAGCUGAGGCAUGGCGAAGACGAGAGGCCUUCCCAGCUGGUGCCUUGGGGGCAGAGACGUCGAGCAGGAGCCGCGCUUUCGAGGUUUACAACUCCCUUUCUGUCGCGUGCGAUCGGCCCAGCAGACGCGAGGCUGUCGCUGAAGGCAAGACCGUUCAUCUUUCAUCUCCUCUCCUCUCCGUCACUGCUGGUUGCCAGGACUCUCCAACUCAACGACUUCGCGUUCUGCGCACGCCUGAUGAGCUACUUCGAUCUGCCGCCGAGCAUCAAAUCGGCAGUCGCCGUGGCCCGCGCCUUCGCGCAGUUGCGGCGCUCUUUGAGUUUCGAAGCGGCGCAAAGCAAAGCUGGAGAAGGCGCCCGGGAAUUCCAAACGGAAAUUCGAGACGCAGCAGACGAGACCGUUCGCAGCAUGAGCAGAGCCUUCCAGGCAGCAUCAGAGUUGUCGACGUCUUCCUUCCUAUCGCAGCCUCUUGAGCUCGUUCAGCAGGUGCCUUCUUCGGGGUUUCAUGCCUCGCGUCCCGCUUCGUUCGCUUCUUGCGUUGAGCCGGUCGCCUGCGUCCCGUUUGGGACCGCCGCAGUGUGUUCUUUUUCCCUCUCGCUCAACGACUUUUCCUUCUUGCUGCUGUCUCUCCGCCCGCUUCUCCUUCCUCUCUACGCCUACGUCGACGCAGCGGUAUCCUGCGCGCUGUCGCCUCCCUCUUGUCUCCUCCUACUCAAGCGCGCGCUCGAGGCCCUCGAAGCGGAGUCGCCAAACGCCGAACUCUGGGUGGCUCCUGGAGCCGCCGACAGGGGCUCGCAGACGCGAAACGAAGUCGCAGAUGGUCGACCCGGCCGGGGCUCGGUUCCGCCCGCGUUGGCUGCCUUUUUCCGAACGUUCGUCGACAGGCUGUCUGUGCUCCUGGAGGCGCGCAACACAACCCCGGCGUCGUGUCGUCCCCUCGCGGGCCUUCUCCUCGACGUGGAGGCGCUGCCGACCGAGCCUGCGCUUCUCCGGUCACAUUUGUACUCCCUGCAGAAACAGAAGACGGCCGUCGCGGCUCUCGUGGAGGCGCUGCAGUUCAUCAAGGAGCGGACGCACACCCUCCGUUCUCUCCACUCUGCUCGCCAGUUCCUCGGAACAGCCGUGAAAAUCCUGAGUGCGGAGUCCGGCCCGCAGUGCCCGGCCGACAGGGACGGGGACAAGGCGCCGCGCGACGGUGAACGACGGAGACACGCAGGUUCCGGGUCAAGUGCAGAUAUGACGCUGCCUGGACUCCCCGCGAACGUCUACACUUCCUGCUCGUCUUCUUCCUCUCUCGCAGCGUCGCCCGAUCCGGCACCGAAACUCGGGGACGGCGGGUUCGCCUCGCCGGCAUCUGUCGUGGAUGAUUCGGCGGGCGUCCAGAGGGACGCGUCGCACGCCUGGACGACCAGCGAGCCUGCAGGCGACAGCCUCGGCCAGAUCGCUUCGCGAGGGGGAGACGCGGUUUCGAGUGCAGGCUCAGGCGGGGUUGUGGACGUCCCCCCGCGGGGCGGGCGCGCGUCGGCCAAGUACCUCUUGCAUUUUCUGGAGUAUCUCACUCGCAUCGUUCACCUGACGGAAGCUGCCACUCAGAAAUUCCUCAAAAGUGCAACGACGCCGACAGACCCGCGCCUCCGUCCCGACGCCUGUCGCUGCUGCGGCCUCGCGGAUGGCUGCUUCUACAGAGCCUGGCGGCGUGACCCACCGUCCGGCGUAUUCUCCAGUCUCGCCCGGCCCCCGGGGCUGCGUGCGCCUGCAGCGCCGCGCGCUCCCACGCCCGCGGCUGCAUGCAGGCGAAACCCGUUGGCGCUGGCACCGCCCUCCGCCCUUCCUGUGCGGAACACGGCCGCCGAGUACGACCUUUUCGCGGUGCUCUUUGACCUCCCCGAGUCGACGAUUGCGCGGGUGCUCUUCGAGCUGCGAGGCCGAAAGGAGGCGCAGCGGCUGGCGGCGCUGAUGGGCGUGGACCUCGUUAGCGUUCUCGUUCAGGGAGCGACACCGCUCCAUCGUUUCUUUCUCCAAGGUUUUCUCGCGUCUCCACGGGACCGACGGUUGGGCGCCUCAGGCCCCGAGGAAGGCGAAGCCUCCGCCGAGCUCGCGUCCGACUCUGACGGAGGCGCCGCAGGGGCCAGCGCGGGUUCUCCAGUGCUGGGCAACGCGCAAACAGACGAGCGAGCGCCUGCUGGCUCUCGGGUGCCGGCUUCCAGGUCAGAUCCUGUCUCCUGUCCGGCUGCGUCGACGUCUCUGGCGCCCGCGGCCCGCGCGUCGAGAUUGGAGACACUUCCUAGCGACGGCCACGAGCCUGCGGGGCCCGCAGCGUUCUCCCCCUACGUGCUGUCGAUGCACACGGCGCUGCUUCUCGCGGAGUUGGAGCAGCCGCUCAAGGACACAAAGGCCGACGACGUGUGUCUCCUCGCAGUCCUCGCCUGCCUCGAGCGCCUCACCGAGCGCUGGCCAUCACGCAGCUUCUACCGGGCGAGUUUGGAAAUCAUCGGGGAAAGGGCUUUCCUCCCUCUGCGCCGGUGGAUCGAGGAGCGCAUGCGGUACUGGGACGCGAUCUGCGACUCCGCUGCAGGCGCCGAAGAGCCGGAGACAGAUUCAGUGCACUGCCGAAAGGCGGGAGACUCCGGGCGGGACCAGCAGGGACAGGCGACGGAGACAGAGGCAACGAGCCACGCACCCGCGCCGCGGGAGGGGCGCAUCGAGACGAUGCGGCACGGGAAGGCGAAGCGGUACAAACAAAGGGAUGGCCAAACGGAAUGCUACACGCUAGGACAUAUCGAGAACCAAGGAUGGACGCCUGAACAACUCGAAGGACUCCCGCCCCGUCUCCGGGGCAUUUUGCUCGCGGUGGCUGACGACCUCGAAGCGAGCACGGAAGCCUGCGCGCGCAUGCAGGCUGUCGGUCUUAUGCGGAGAGGCCUCGUUCAGGCGGCUCUCCGCCUCGUGGAUCAGACGUUGCCUGCAGGUGAUCGUCUUCAAAAACGCCUCUUGCGGCGUCUGCUUCACAGUCACCUUCGCCCCCACACGCCUUCGCUUCCUUCUGACGCGCCUUUGUCUCCGAAUGAGUCUUUCUCGUCUGCGACGUCUUUCUCUGGCCCCGCUGUUUCACGAGGUGUCGGCGCGGAGAGAAGAGUCCCCCGCACGUCGCGUCCGUUCGGAGAGGGAGAGGAAGGCGUUUCUCCAGGACGCGCGGCAGAGGACGCGGAGGCGAGAGCCGCUGAGGCGCCGACAGCCUGCACCAUCGAGGAGCUUUCCUCGCAAGACUAUUUGCCGCUCCCUGGUUGCAUCGUGAGGGAGGAAGAUCCCAUCGCUGCCACAGAAUCUGCACUCGCGCUGUACGGCUCGUGGGGCGUUCACACAGUUCAAGAGACGCUGACGUGCUGUUUGCACCGCCUGAAGGCAGAGGCGAAGUCCCGCGCCGGGGCACGCAUGCGGACGGGUUGGGAAGGGGCGGAUCCCCUCGGCGAAGAGAUGAUGACGGAGAGCGACGAGGAGACGCGCUACACAACGUCCAUCGACGACGAGGUGAACACAGGGCGCGCGGAUGCUCCAGCCUUCGCGGCCGAACGCGCAGGCGAGGAAGUCCGAGAGGGAGAGAAAACGCUCGAGGCGAACAACGCUGACACAAGCAUGUCAGAGCAACUGCGCGAAGGCGAUUCGAACGCGGCAGAUGAGGCGCGGCGCGUCUCGAGUGGGAGCCGAGUUCAACGCCAACACGGUUGUCGCAGCAGCGAACACGACGGCUCCGACCCUCCUUUGUCCCCGUUUCCUUCUGCUCCCGGUGGUGGUCGGCCUCGGGCAAAAAACGAGGACGACCGAGAACACCGCGGCGGGUGCGUGCCGCGGAAGCAUCUGAGCCGGCGAAAGAGAAUUGAGGAAUUAAUCCCCAAAGUGCAGCAAGCCCUGCAGCAGGUCGAUGCAUAUCGCCAGACAACGGAAGUGUGUGAAGGCCAGUGGGCCGUUUGGCAAGACGUCGAGGCGAAGUGCCGAUCCCCCGGAGGUGUCGAGGAGGUGAUUCGCGUCCUUCUCCAACACAAUGGCCACGGCCUCGCGAGAACCAUCGCAGAGCUGUUCACUCCGCCGGAUCCUUCUCUGCUGGCGUCCAUUCAUCUGUCCUACUUGCUCCACGUUUUCACGGCGUGCGACGACAAAACGACGGCAGUCAAUACGCUGCUGUCCCACCCGCCUCGUGAGGCGGCGACUUUCGCCUUCAAACUCCUUCGGUUCUCGAACAAGAUCUCGGAUCGCCUUCUUCUCUGCUCCGUCCUCCUGUCGCACCUCGGCGCCGGCUUAACUGAGGCGGAGCGGCAGGAAGCGGUCACUCUGACGGCGUCCCUUCAGCUGCUCCAGGCGGUCUCGCUCCGCGUCGAGGCCCACCACGAACGCGUGCUUCUCCAGCCGUGGCUUAUAGUGGAGUCCCUGCUCAUGAAUGCGCGGUGCGACGUGCUGGGCCCCUUCUUCCAAACGUGGCCGGACCUUCGCGACGACCUCCUCAUCAUCAAGUACGCGCGCAAGGCCCUCUGUCUGGAGCCGCCCGAGUCUGCGGCUGCAGCGCAGUCUCCGGCGCCUGCGCUUUCUCUUCCGAGGUCGUCGGCGUCUUUCUUCGCGAGGGCCUGCGUGGCGGACGCUAGUCGCGAAUCCGACGACGACCACGCAGAACCGACCCCCGCACUGGAUGCAGGACGAGGACAGCUCGAGCAGUGCAGGAGGCGAGACGCCGGGUGUUCUCGUGUCCACGGCGCCAAAGACGAGUCUCGGGAGGGACGGAGGGGAACUCCCCCGCGAAAGGACUCCGAGCCUGGGCGCGGAUCUCACACCUCCUCUGACACGGCUUCGCCACCCUCGCUGUCUCCCCUCCCUGGCGAGCGGCCUUCAACCGCCUUCGCACCCGAGCCCCAGCUACCCGCGGGCCAGGGCACUCGGGCCAGCGGCCUGCGCCGGUUGGCGUGUCGGGGAAUCGGCGGCAAGUGGAGCCUAACAGGCCACCCUGCGCAAGACGCGACGAUUCGCCGGGCCCACUCUUUCGGCAGGGUCCCAUGUCUCGGGACCGCUCUCCAGUUGCUCGACCUCUGCAACGCUCGCUCCGUGGUCAAUGCCGAAGCGAGUCUGCAGAUCUGCGACGACCUGUCCCUUCGCCUCUACGCCUCGGUUCCCGUCCACCCUGUCGCGACCCACCAGAUCCCGACUGCGUGCCCGCCGUGCGAACCUGCGUCGCCGAGAGGCGCGGCGUUGCAGCUGGAACCGGCCUGCCGCGGAGACGAAACAACACCUGAGCGGGGAGAGAAGAAUCCGCCUGCCGAGCUGUCGCCUGCUCUGCCUUGGGCGGAUUCAAAGGCCGCGACGUCUGGGGGAGGUCAGCAGAUCGGCAGCGAGAGAGAGCCGCGGAGUUCGAGCCGCCAGGAAGGUGGCGAAAGAGAACAGGUGCCCGGAACAAGAAUCGGAGGAAAUGGCCAGCCGAGCGGCAUGCAGGGGGAAAGAACCGUCGGCGUGGCAACUGAGCGGCGCGACUCCCACGGGUUGGGACUGCCUUCUCUGGCUAGGGAGACCACCCCCGAGGCUGGCGGGGCUGCGAAAGGCGUGGGGACGUCCACGCCGGCACCCGGGUGUGACCUUGAAGGACUGAAACCUGGUGCGCGUGUUGACGCCCCUAGCGACGCAGGCAAGCUGGCGGGGUCGCACCCUUGCAGUUUCUCGCCGUUCAACUGUUUCGGCGCCGUCAGUCCCUCCCGGUCUACCUUCAAAGAAGUCCAGAACCUCGCGCAGCGCUCCCGCACGAUCCGGUGUGUGUCCUUUCUCCCGUCGUGUCUGCUUGUGCCUUCUGUGGACCAUCCAAACUUUGCGGCUUUCUGCUCGCGGCCUUGGCAGGCACUUUCACAUCCGACAGUCGACGCGGUGGCGACACACUCCGCAUUUAGCGGCCCUGGCGGUCUGUCCACGCAGUCCCCUGAACGCGGCCUUGCCGCAUUCGGCCUCGGUGUCUCUUCCACCGCACACGGCCCGCCCCCGUCUUUUUCUCUGUCUGUCUCUGAAACUGUCGCUGCGGCGGUUCCCCAGCUCGUCUCGCUGAUUCUCCACCUUCUCCACUUUUGCCGCCUCAAGUUCGCGGCUGCAAUCCCCGCAGUAACGGCGCCAGUCCUGUUGGGCCAGGAGCUGCUGCCUUUCCUCGUGCGGCUGCGCGAGCGCACAGGCCGCGAGUACUCGCUCUUCAGUUUGAUGGCUCUCGACAAAGGCAAGGAACUCCGGGACAGUCUGAUUCGCGCCGACCAACUCGGCCUCGCCGCGAGUCUCUGCCUCUGCUACCAGCGCGCCGCGACCUCUCUCCGGGACGCGAUUGCGGCACAGGCCCUCGCCGCCCUACACGCCUGUGGGGACCCGGCCCCCGGAGGCCGGGACGGAGACGCCAGAGACACGGAGACAGGGGUCGCCCCCGACCAUCGGCUCGUGUGGGCUCUGAAUCGCCCAGACCCCGAGUCGCGCGAGGAGAACCCGCUAGAGACACAGAAGGCAUCUGGGCGGGAAGGACAGAGAGAAGCCGAGGGUGGAGAAGCGGCCCCCUCGAUCGUGGAGAGUCCGGUGGCGGACAAGCGAGUCGCGGCGGUUCAUGACUCAGCCGCGCAGCCGUCCGUGCAGGACCAGGCAGGAUCUUCCCCUCUCGCGUCUCAGAAGAUUGCCAGCCCCGACGGCUGGCCUCCCGCGCUGGAGCCUUCUGAUAGCGCGGGAGUCGCGAGUCUCAGCGGGAAGGCGGCGGCGGACCCGCCGCGCCUUUCUCCUGGGGCUCUGGCCCCCUCUGGGGCGCCACCCGAUUCGGCGUCCCCGUCGGAGUCGUCCUUUCUUGCCAGGUGCUUCACGAACGCCACGAGCGUCUUGCGCGCCUACCCCAUAGGCGAGGUGCGGACCCUCGCCCUUCUCUGUCUGGGCGACUACGCACAGGCCAGCCUCGAAAUGGAGGAGGCGCUGGCAGCCAACCAAGUGCAGCUCAACAUUCACCGCGAGCUCCAGUGGCUGCAGCGGGUCUCUCGGUUGCUCAGCCGCGACGCCGACCGAGUGACCCAGGCGCUGGGCAGCCCGUCCACCGGUCUUUCUUCUCCCUCCAGUUGCCCACCCCGGCGCACGCCGAGUCCGAGCGGAAGUGCGUCGGUCGCUGGGGGACAUGCGUCGCGUUCCGGGGACGGCGGAUCGCGCACUGCGCUGAUCGGUUCUGCCGGAGGCGCUGGCGAGGGCGGUGCGUCGUCCGCGAGCGCCGCCUCAGGAGACGAAGCGGCAGAAGUUGAGAGAAUCCAGCGGAGCGAGGCCGUUGCCGGAGACCCCUGGCAAGGGCUCGGAGGCAAGCGGGCUGUUGCCCGAGCUCCCGGGCGAGUCUUGCCCCCUGUGCCUGCGCGUCUCAGCGCGAAGGACCCGGAAGUCGGUUUCUUCGCGGAUGCAGCGAAGGAGAAGGCAAAGCGAGAGGAAGAGGACCACCUGCUGCUCUUCCAGACUGCCUCGCGGGCAUGGCGGGCCUCGGCGACGCUUCGGCGGCCCCGCAGCUCGAAACGCAGCAAGCAACCAGGCGCGGCGAACUCGAACAGCGGUGCUAGCCCCGACGCGGUUCUCGGUGGUGCAUCUCCCCCUCCAAGCCUCGAGGCGGGAAAACCUAACGCAGCAUUCCAAGCCGAGAACGUAGAAAGGAGAAGCGGCGUUUCGACGGCGGAAUGCGCAAGGCCGGAAGUCACUCCAGGGGGGGCUGUUGAGGCGUCUAAGCGACAAGGUGCCUUGCCGCGAGAGGCCAGAGGAAUUGGAAGACACGCGUGGCGAGCGGUCAAAACGAUGAGCUGGCUAGACAAGUUGGCUGCGCUCAAACGGCGCUGGCCCGACGCCGAAGGCGUUUCGUGUCGGCGCCUCUCGGAGCUCCUCGCGCGAGAACAGGACGAGCACAAGUCGCCGGACCGCGACCGGGAGGUGACAAGUGCCGCAGCCGACCCCGGCCACGAAGCUCUGGCCGCGGCGGCCGUGCGAGGCCUGGCGCGGGGACGCGAAUCGGGCGAAUGCAAAUCCGCCUCGCAAGUCGCGUCCUACGGGGCGGCUGCGGGUGACUCUUCGCCCGCGGGCCCUUCGCAGCGUGCGCCAGGUGCGCGAGAUGCGCAGGCGGAACGCGUGGACAUGCGCGCUGCAGAGCGGGCAAGGCUGACGGGCGGGUCGCGCGCGUCGUCGCUCUUCUCCUCUCUCUUCUCCGCAGCAGACCCGCAGGCGACGCGUGGGAGACCGCGGGCGUUCGAGGCUCCGGCAGGCCAGCAGGCGCCUGGGGCGCGAGAAGCCCGGAAAGCGGUUCACCUCUCGGCGCGGACGUUGUCCGCGCUCGACGCUGGGAUCAAACAUAUUCCCCUGUUUUCUCUGGCGACGCUCGAGGUGUUCUGCAGGCGCGUCUCCGCCGACCUAUUGCAUCGUCGCCUCUACGGCUUGCCUCCCCGGGUCCCGAGUCUGACUUCGCUUUCCUCCUCCAGCGACUUCCAAUCUGCCUCGGCCAGCUUCUCCCCGGGCAAGAGCCCCGCGUUAGGGCCCGCACCGAGCGCCGCUGCCGAGGCCGCUAAAACGGCCGGGCCGGAGCGCGGCGGGACCCGUCGCCUCGUCGCCCGCGGCUUUGAUCUGUCACAGAAUCGCGAGAAGACCGCAGUCGACAGAGACCAGGCGAGAUCGACUGGGGGCCAAAGCGAGAAGCGUCACGAGCCCUCGUCGCCGUCUGCAAACAACCCAGCCGGAGAGCUCCUCUCGUCUCCUCGCAGCCCGGGCUUCGCCAGGACCAAUGGAGAAGUCGCCGCGUCCGUGCCUGCGUGGCGGCGAGUCUGUCCGCAGGCGCUUCGGCGCCUCCUCCCGCCUGUCGCGGGUCCCUUCCUUCAGGCCUUCCCUGCGGCUACUUCUGUCUCCGCCACCGAGCCUUGGCGAGCGCAUCUCCAGUCCCUUGCACGACUCCCAUGUGUGGCCGGGCUCCUCGAGCAGACCCCCACACACGCCUCCUGCAGUAGGCAGCCAGGCCUGCCGCUGUCUCCUGUGCUGGGCGCUGCAGCCUUGCCCUCAACGGCAACCGCCCAGGGCGAGGAGACAGCGAGUGUCUCCGUGCCCACUCCACACCUCGCGGGGAGCUUAAGUCGAGACGCGUGUCGACUAGCGUUUUCCGGCGCCGGUGUCUCGUCUGUGGCGGAGGCCGCGAAUGGCGCCGGAGUUCUCCGUGGAGAGACGCCGGAAGCGUCGCCCCGGCUCGCCGCCUCGGCCUCGGCUCCUGCAGACGUAUGUGCGCCCGAAGGCAGGCCUGCGCUCGCGCCGGCAGGCUUGUCUCCUUCCGGGGCGCCCGGCCCUGUAGAAGAAGCUGCAGGAGAGCAGGGUGACAGGGGUAGCGUGACGAUGUGUCGGGGCGAGAGGGCCGAACGCCGACACGUGGACGAAGCCCCACAGAGCCCCGAGGAGCGCGGCUCCGCCAGAGGUGGGCCUAUCCGGGAAACUCGCCCACGAGGCAUCUCCGAAGCCUCCGAGCCCGACGGGGCUGUGCUGGGUGAGUCCCAGGGGACAAUGGAGACCGCGCGCCCCACUCUGGAGUCGGAGCCCAGAGGCGGGGCUGUCUUCGCACCGUUCGGGGCAGCCACCGACACUUGGGGGGACAUCGACAGAUUUUCGGAAGUUGCCUCGCAGAUUCUGGCGACGUACGUCUUCAAAUGGAAUGCGCAGUCCCUCGCGGGCCGUGCGCCGCCUCCGGCUUUGCUGGCUCUUCGCCACCUGGUCUCUGCGUUCGAAACGCCACGCGCACCUGGGCCGUCCGAGGACAGUCUCCUUUCUAAGAGGGGCGAAGACAGCGGGGCGGGGAGAGGCGGGGCGGCAUCCGCCUAUCGUCGAUUGGCAGGCUCGCAUCCGGGAGUGCCGUCGUGGACAAGGAGUGAAAAGACUCUGGGGACAUUCGGGACGAGCUCGUCACACUUUUUCAAUCAGCGGGGCUUCCUCUCAUCACCCGCGCGCGCGUCUCGCCCUUCGGCCGGAGACACCUGGCUGCAUGCGCGGACGAGCGGGCCCGCGCCCUUGACAUCCCCCGCAGGCCUGCCGUCUGCUCUGUGCCUCACGCUCGAUACGGCGUCGACAGACGGGGAAGGAGACGAAGAGACAUCUUCGGCCUUCGCUCUGUGUGAACUGCGGACGGUGGAUCGCGCGGCGUUGCCCCGAGCCGAGAGGCCCCGACGGCGCCUUGGCCGCCGAGGCGCCUUCACGAUUGGAGAAAUGAUACGCACCUUCUGCUCCUUUUCUCUCACUGAAGCCUUGCCCACGUGUGUCGAUAUCUUCGAGGGACAAACUGGCGGCGACUUCCGACUUCCCGUGGAAGACAAAAACGCUUAUCCAGCAAUCAACCGAACUCUUCUGUUUUUCCACGAACGGUACGGCGCACUGCGCUCGGUCGUUCUCCUGCUUCUCGGGUGCGGCGACUGCCCUCACGCCCUCCAGCGGCUGCUCGCAGCGCCGCCCAGCGCCACGUCUUCCUUGCCUCGCCCCCCGACAAACCAUGCGCGGGCGCCGAGCCUGGCCCGCGCCAAGCCGGCGCCUGUCUCCUCGCGGGUGGCUGCGGCUUCGGCGGGCCUUCCCGCGCGGAAGGCCGGGGCGCGCGCAGACCCAGCUUCGUCUUUCGCCCUCGCCGCUUCCGGCUGCCAGACGGCUCUGCUCAAGGCUCUCUGCGAGCGCGUCUUCGGGGCACAGACGCCCGAGCUUUUCCCAGCACCAAAGGGCGCGGCGCCGGUCGCCUUCGGCCCUCUCGCGGCGGCCGACAUGCUGAUCGGCAGCUUCAUUUCCCACUCCGUGGCGCUGCAGAGACUGCCUGAAGUCGUGCGCCAUCUCGCGAGCUCUGGAAAAGGCAAAGGCGAGGCCUUCAUCAAGGCCAUCAAACUCUGCCUUCGCAAACGCCGAGCUCUGCACACGCUCUACGCCAUGCAUAUGCUCACUCACGACUUCCUGAACGCGGGCUUGCUUGCCGUCAUUCUCUCGCUGGCAGCGAGUGCGGACCUGCAAGCCUCCGCUGUCUCUGUCGCGUCUUCUGAAAGGCCCGCCGCGCCCUUCUCGACGCGUUCCUCGCCGGAGAAGUGGUCUGCCUCCUGGGGCUGUAGAGCCCAACGCGGUCGGAGUCGAAAGUCAGAGGGAGGGCCUUCGGCGACAGGCGACCCAGGGGACGACCGGGCCCUGGGGGCGUUCGCCGCGUCCGGCCGGCCGCCGUGCUGGGACCGGCAAAUCGGCUUUUUAGAGGAGGGGAUAAAGCUGCUUGGCGGCGUCUUGGCCGAUAUACGGAAACGCGGCAGAUCUCUCAGCUGGUCCGCCUCUCGAGACUCUACCUUGCCUGCGCGCGUGAGCAGCCUCCGCCUCGCCGUCUUUCACGGUUCACAGGGUUCGGCUUCUUCCUGUCUGCCCACUCGCCAGGCCUCUCGCGGCUUCGCGAGAGACACUUCUUCCCUUCCGUCCUCUGGCCCUUCUGCGUCGUUGGCGGCGGGGGGUUCUCCCGCUGCGGCCUUUGCUGCUCCGGGUUUGCCGGCCUCUGUCCCCGUCCGCGUUGUGUCUCCAUCGGCUGGGUCUCGUCGCGCGCUCCCGCACGAGGGCCGAAGCGGGGACGCCGAGAAGGUCGAGGCGUCAGCCUGGCCCGAGCAGGGUGGGCUUCCGUCUCCACGUCUGACCCAGGGAACAGGGCGCGCGGGCGCCCGGAAGGGCGAGCGGCGAGACAGGGGCGAAGACGCGACUGGUCGCCGACAGUCUUCUCUGGACAGAGAGCGCGCAGGCCAGAGGAUGGACGACGCUGAAAAACGAACGGGCUUGAAAAGCGAAGACGCCAGAGUGCGGCAUCGCGAGGCCGCGCUAGGGAAGGAGUCGCCCGGUGGAACCUUCGCAGCAGGGAGCGGAGACAGGGGCGAGCCAGGAGACAGAGAGAAGAGAAUGGCUGGAGACUCCGCGACGAGCGAACACCGACACGGCGAAGUUGCGGUGGGGGCCGCAGCCUCCCAGUGCGAACUCCUCGACUUGUGCGAUCAACGAGAUCUGUGCAUCGACGAGGUCGACGAAGGCGCGCUGGCCGUCCUCCUCGAGCUCCUCGGCCUCCAACUCGAGUGUCUCCACGCUUUCCCGUCCCUGCCGCCCUCGCUGUCUCUCCUCACGCCCCAGAAGGAGCCGCGCGUACGCGUGUGUGCGUGCUUCCUCUUCUACGGAAAGUACGACUGGGCCCUCCGCGUCAUUCGCCUCUGCCGUCUCAACCAGGUCGAGGUUUUCCUGCAGGCCGCGACGCUCAUCGCGAGCAAAACGAACAAAAUCUCGCGAACCCACGAAUUCCUCACGCGCGUGACGCCGUACCUCAGCGCGGACGAUAUGGACAUGCUGGUCUCGAGCGUGGUGAACGUCUGGGUUGUCGAGCACCGGGAGGAUGCGGGGCAGUGCCAACAAGGCGCCUUUUUGAUUCCUUUCCUCUCGUCUCCGCACCGUCGCUUCGAGGCGCAUCUGCUCCUCGCCUCGCUCGUGCCGUCGGCGCCGGCGCCAGAAGAGUCGCCGCAAACCUCCAGCGUCUUCUUCUCUGCGGAGCGCGACGCCACGCGCUCCAGGGCUCCGGAUCUGCAUGCGGCCAGCCUCGGGGCCGGAACGCCUCGGCGACAGCCGCAUCCGUCCGGGUCUUCGCCCGCAGCCGGAAGCGUCGAGCGCAGUGGCGCGGCUCGCGGCUCCGCCUCCGCCGCUUCUCUCGGCGCAACUUUCACCCAUCAGCAGCUUCAGCAGUGUGUCCAGCUGGCCGCGCGCCUGGACUCCCCGGCCCUCCUCGACGUUUGUCUCCUUACCGCUCAGAAGCAAGGCGAGUCGCAGAUCGUCCAGCAAAUCAACGCCCUCGUCCACCAGAAACAGAGCAAAGGCAAAAAGAAGGCGGGCGUCUAA